CAGUUGGAAAGGAGAGGAAGUCACCAGACAGCAAUAUGAAAACGGUUUACUGACAUCAGAGAUCAAAGACCAGCUGAGAGUCAGAAGUCCCAGCUGCCAGUGAGAUGCUCUCCCUGCCUCUCCUAUUGCUGGCAGCUCUCUUCCUGGGGGCAGACAGCAAGGACCAGGGAGUUACCCAGGAUCCAAUCUCUUUCCAUCUCAUUCAGAUCUCAAUCUUCGCCAACAGUUCCUGGGCCCAAAAUCAGGGCUCUGGCUGGCUGGAUGAGCUGCAGAUUCAUGGCUGGGACACUAAAUCAGAGACUGCCAUCUUCUUGAAGCCCUGGUCCAAGGGCAACUUCAGUGAAGCUGAGAUAACGGAGCUAGAGGAGCUCUUCCGAGUCUACCUCUUGGGAUUUAUCAGGGAAGUGCAGGAUCAUGCCCAUAAGUUCCACCUGGAGUACCCGUUUGAGAUUCAAGGCAUAGCAGGCUGUGAGCUUCAUUAUGGGGGUGCCAUCCACAGCUUUUUGAGAGGAGGUAUAGGAGGGCUGGAUUUCUUGAGCUUCCAGAACGGGUCCUGCCAACCCGCCCCAGAGGGCGGCACUUCGGCACAGCAGGUAUGCGAGGUGAUUGAGAAGUAUCAUGGCAUCUGUGACACCACCCGGAAGCUGCUGCUGGAGACUUGCCCCCGAUUCCUCCUGGGCAUCCUGAUGGCGGGCAAGGCAGAGCUACAAAGGCAAGGUCAGUCCUGCUCCUCCUCACCUGCCACUGCCAUCCCCCCACUCGCCAGCAGGAGGUGCCUGAGAGUGGCUGAUUCCAAACCAAUGAAGCCAGAGGCCUGGUUGUCUCCUGGGCCCCCGCCUGGGCCAGGCCGGCUGCUGCUGGUGUGUCACAUCUCAGGUUUCCACCCCAAACCCGUGUGGGCCAUGUGGAUGCAGGGUGAACAGGAGCAAAUGGGCACUCAGCGAGAGGACCUCCUGCCCCAAGCGGAUGGGACUUGGUAUCUGCGGGUCACCCUGGACGUGGCGGCCUGGGAGGCUUCAGGCCUGGCUUGCCGGGUGAGGCACAGCAGCCUAGGAGGCCAGGACCUGCUCCUGCACUGGGGACACUCCUCCUCUGUCAGUUGGGUGAUCUGGACAGUCCUGCUACCCUCCCUGCUCUGUCUGAUGGGCUUCGCCUUCUGGGUUUUCAGACGAUGGGCAUAUCAGAAAAUCCCGUGAAUACUCCACUCUUCUUCAUUUCAAAUAAUCACCGCCAAGCUCAAGCCUUCAUCCUAAGUGUCAGCAUCAUCAUGUUUCAUCAAAUAAUUAUCCUCUUGUAAGAUAAAUCAUAUUGUAUGCACUUACACAAAAAGACUGUAAAUGUGAUUUUAUUACAAGAUGUCACCUACUGUGGGACCCCCUGAGUCUUACAAUCAAGAGAACAAAAGUGUCAUAGAGCAAAUAAAAGUGGUGACACCCCUUUGA